AUGAUCCUCGCCAGCGCUGAUCCUGAGCCCGAAGAGAUCGCGGGCACGCUGCUGCUGGACGUCAGGAAGUUCGCAGAAGCCCACCUGAACCGCCGCGACAUCCGCAAGGCUGUGAUCGCCGUGCCGUCGUACUUCAACAUCGCACAGCGACAAGGGAUCAUUGAUGCAGCGAGGCUGGCGGGGCUGCCGGAGGUGCGGCUCGUCAACGAGACGACGGCUGCUGCCUUGGCCUUCGCGCACGACCGGGAGGGCCCCAAGCUCGUGGUCGUCGUGGACGUCGGCGGCGGGGGCGGCAGCGUGUCGGUGGUCAUGGUGGACGGCGGCGGGGUGCAAGUCGUGAGGACUUGCGGCAAGCGGCUCCCAGGCGGCGACGAAUUCGACAUCAGGAUGAUCAACUACCUGUGGACUGUCAUCAGGGAGGAACACGGGAAAGAGGUGGAGGACCACCGGUCCAUGGAGAUCCUUCGCUCCACUUGGGAGAAGGCCAAGCAAAAGCUUUCGAGGAUUCCUCACGUAGAGAUAUCGACGUUCCUCCCCGCCAUCGACAAGGAGCUGAAGCACACCAUACCAAGAAGUUUGUUCGAGGCGGAAUGCAGUGACUUGUUCGAUUUCAUCCUGCACGAGAUUUCGCGCACCCUGAAAAACGCAAUGGGCUCUCUCCCGGAAGGAAGCUGUGUGGACCACGUGGUGCUGGUUGGCGGGUCGUCCCGCAUCCCCCACCUCCGCGCCGAGAUCGACAAGCUGCUGCCGGGCAAGCUGCACAAGGCGCUGAGCCCCGACGAAGCGGUGGCCCGAGGGGCCGCCCUGCUGGCCGCGGGGGCCGUGCGGGUCGACAGGGAGGUGGUGGGCCGUGACACCUACGUGACGAUCGGCGGCACCACAUUCUUCUACGAUGCAGAUGAGCUGCUGGUGGAAAAAGUGCUCCGUGCGGAUGUCAGGGCAAAGGAGUACUUUGCGGUCCAACAAGCGAGUGAAUAUGGAACCAACACCCUUGAGGACAUAUAUGAAGAGGAGAGACGUCUCAAAUCCCAGGUGGAAUUUUUCUCAGUUGAACCUUGA